AUGUAUCUCUCAAAUGAAAAGGACCUGGAAAGGGACACGGAACGCGUUCGAAAAAUGUACGAUAAUAAAAAGGACCUAAAGAUUGUUGAUAGGACAUUCAUGGUAACACUCUGUGCCCGAUCCCUGUGCCACAGAGUUCAAAAGAAGUUGACCGAUGUGGCUUGGAACAAGCAGAAAAAUAUUUUCGAGACUGAUUGGAUUGGAGAAAGGGAUGUUUGGAAUCUAUCAGAGAGAAUAUACAAGUUGCAGUACGAGGAACUGGCAAAGUUUUUCAAUUAUAUCAAGUUUCUGAGCGCCACAAAUAGCUAG